UUCUCGCUUGCACAACUCUCUCCUCAACCCAUCUCCAAUCUUCUCCCUCCUUCCACUAAUAUAAUUCUAGAGAAAAUGUUUGAUAUGAUCAUUGAUGAUUCGAAAUUCAAGAAGCUAGGAAAUGGUGUUUGUUAGAAAUUAAAUGAUCAGAUUACUUGUAAAAUUAUUUUUAUUAAUCACUUUAAUUAAUACACUUAGGAAGCUGAUUGAGGAGAUAGACGAGUACGAUGGUGAGGACCCUCUCUUCCCAUGGAUAAAGUGAGUUCCUUUUUUAUCUAGUCUUGAUAACACAAAGUCUUCUUGAACCUGAGCUUUGAGGUUUCUCUACAGGUGUGUUAAAUGGGUGCAGGAAACGUUUCCUCCGGGUGGAGAGUGCUCGGGGCUGUUGGUGAUUUACGAGCAAUGCGUGAGAAAGUUCUGGCACUCGGAACGGUACAAGGAUGAUCUUCGUUACCUCAAAGUCUGGCGGAGCAUUGUGUUGAUGCGGAAGUUAUUUAUAAGUUUUUGGAGGUUAAUGAUAUUGGAAAGAGCAUGCUUUGUACUACAUAGAUUAUGGGUUGCACAUGGAGUUUACGAGUAAGGUGAAGACGGCUAAUGAGAUUUUCAAUCUCGGAAUCUCUAGGAAUGCAAAGCCUGUGGAGAAGUUGAAUGAUGCUUACAUGAAGUUCAUGGUGAUAACUAUGAGAAGGUCCAAAAGUGUUGAUGAUGAGCCAAAGGAGAAUGAAUUACAGUCAAGAAGUUUUGGGACUGUAUUGUCUAGAGGAGAUAAUAAUAAUACAGGAAGGCAGGCGUUAGGUCCACAAGCAAAGAGAACAAAGCCUAAUCACUCAUCCAGGUCACCUUUGGCUGUCUACAAGGAUACUACAUCGGGGGAUCAAACCGAGACCGACAAGUCAAAACCAGAGUUUGGUUCUUGGCUCAUGCUUGGAGGCAGAGCAGAAAGGAACAAAGAGAACAACGCCUUACCUGGAAAAUGGGCAGCAUUCAAGGUUCCUCAGAAACCUAUUGUGAGAGCUGCUGCUUCUUCCUUUGAGGUUUUUGUCGACGAAAAAGAAUGUACAGAUGAGAGAGUACAGAAGAAGAAGAAGAGUGAAACCAUCUCAUCAUCAUCAAACGUUUUGCCCCUUAAUGAUGGCCGUGAGAUAAAGAAAGAAACAGAGCUGCUGCGACAGAACCCUUUAAGACACUUUCCUUCCAGCAGCUUCCUACGAUGAUGCGGUUCAUCAUCUUUACAAAUAAUCAUCAUAGACAACAAUGUUCUGAAAUUUGAGAUUUGAGCUUUUGUCUAUAAAGCUCUUUAUGUUUUCUGCCUGAUUGAGUUUGUGUUUUGUGUAAUAUGUACUGAGAUUUAUCUACCAUAAUGAAUGAGCAUUUCAUGUUUCUUGAAACUUAUGUGUUCCUUAAUUGAUUCCAGUUAUAACCUUAUGUGUACUGGUUGGUGUCAUAAAAUCAAAAUAUCUAUUAUGGAGCUAGUCCUAAUUCUUAACAAUUUUGUAAUUUCCGAAAUAGAUAUUUUUAAUUUAUGAAAUUAAGAUUUGAUCAGAUAUGCCAUAAAGAGUCUCUACACACAUACUCCAGCAACACCAGCAACACUCUCCACAUCACCAAAAGCACUUGUAUAAUAUGCGAAUACGAUCCUGGAAGUCCCAAUGUUUAUCUCAUCCUGAAAGUUAUUAUUAGUUUACAGAAAUAUUUUUAUUAUUUUCCACCAGUCACCUAUAUGAUCAUUCCCUGUAUGAUUUGUUUUAAAUUAAGGAAUCACGAUGACGAUACCGUAAAUGUGGUCACACCAUUGGUUUAUAAUACUCUAUAUGAAAUGUCUUUUGUUGCUUAUAGUUUAUGGUCUAAUAGCUAGAUUUUGUGUAGAGUUUGAUUGUAAAUUAGUGAUAGAUGCGUAUGAGUACAAAAGAAUAAUUCAUUGGGUACUCCUUCGGGGGAAAAAGGUGGCUUUAAGCUGAGGGGAGGGGGCAUAAUCAAAGCACUAAUAGUCAUUUAAUAAGAUGACUAAAAACGAAUGAUGCGAUUUAGGAGAUAGACUUUGAGUGGUACACAAGGGAAAUUGAGAAAAAUUAGUGGUAAGGGGCAUCAUUUCAUUUCAUUAUCUACCCUUUAAGUCUUUUAAGGGGUUCCUUUCUCCCAAUACUUUUCAUUUACCACUUCACAUACUAUACAUAGUUUACUCUACUAGCAUAUUAAUUUUAUUAAAUUAUAUAUUUCAUAUUGUAAAAACAAUUGAAAUUUAAAUGUGGUAUGUACUUCUACUCUACUAGCAUACUCCCCCUGUUUCAUAUUAAAUGUCACUUUAGCAUUUUUUUAAAUAUAAAAAUGUCAUUCUACAAUUUUUUUUGUUCAACGUCAUUCUACAAUUUCAAUGCAAUUUAUACUUAUUUUUAGUUCAAUAUUAAUUAUAAAAUGCAUUGAUCUUAUGAAUAAAUAUAUUUAUCUAAAAUGUUAUUGGUUAAAUAGAUGACAUUA